GAAUAGAAAAGUUUGCAAUACGAUUGAUUCAGUUGGUGAUUGCUUGAGUUAUAUACUGGUCUUCAUCUGUUGAUUGUGGUCUACUGCAUGUCGUUUGUGAUUAAAAUUGCAGCAAUAUGGACGCAAUUCAAAAAGGAUGGUUUAGCGAAAUCAAUGAACUGUGGCCUGGACAAUGUUUCAGUCUGAAGGUAAAAGAAGUACUUCACGAAGAACGUUCAGAAUUUCAAGACAUCUCUAUCAUUUCGACAUUUGCACAUGGUCGUGCACUGAUUUUAGAUGGCAUAAUCCAAUGUACAGAGAAGGAUGAAUUUUCAUAUCAGGAAAUGAUUUCAUUUAUUCCGCUGUGUUGUCACGCAAAUCCAGAAACAUGUUUAAUCGUUGGAGGAGGAGACGGUGGCGUGGCACGUGAGGUUGUAAAGCAUCCAGCAGUAAAAAAAGUUUAUCAAGUUGAAAUCGAUGGGCGUGUGGUGGAACUUUCGAAAAAGUUCUUGCCAAAUAUGGCAUGUGGUUUUGACUCUCCAAAAUUGAGUCUCACUAUUGGUGAUGGAUUUGAGUUCAUGAAGCAACAUGUUGGUUUGUUUGAUGUCAUAAUCACCGAUAGCAGUGACCCCAUUGGACCUGCAACUUCACUAUUUCAAGAAUCAUACUUUGCUUUGAUGAAAAAAGCACUCAAACCAAAUGGUAUAAUUUGCUCACAAGGCGGUACAUUCUGGACAGAUAUCGAUCAUGUUAAAUCGACUCUCGAUCAUUGUCGUAAACAAUUUUCUACUGUUGCAUAUGCCAUUACAUCCGUACCAUCAUAUCCAUGUGGUCAAAUUGGCUUCAUCAUUGCAUCAACAGAGGACAAAGAUGAACUGAAAACACCGAAAAAAGUCUUCAGCGAUGAUGAAUUGGAAUUGAUGAACUUAAAGUACUAUUCAGCUGAAACUCAUCGCGCUGCAUUCGAAGGAUUACCACGCGCCACAUCUAAACAUUUGUAUGGUUGAUAAGUGGCAGAUUUUUUUAAUCAAUUGUAUUGAAUUGAACUUAUUUUGCAUUUAUUAAAUAUACUUUUAAAUGUGCCACUUCAAUAAAACUUACAAUUUCUUAUCAAA